AUGAUGCCAGGAAGCGAGUUCGUGCGAACUGGAAAUGGCCAAUGGACUAAGGUACCGGGUUCUCGACUCGCCGAAUCCAUCCUCCAUCGCAGUCUAUCAAGGGAGCUAGGACUCAGUUUGCGUGCAGAAACGAUUAACGACGGUAACGGGAAUUUUUUCCCUCCUGUCGUAGCUGCACAGCGUAUACUAGCCCCACAACCUCAGACUGCUGCUGCCGCUGCUGCCUCCAUUUCCUCGAUUGCAAAUACUUUAGGUGAAGCUUCUUCUUCAUCUCCGACGUCAACUAUCACUACGACUAAAGAAAUGGAUACGACUCAAGACGAAUAUACAUUGUUUACUCGACCUCGUCGAACCAUGCUCCCGACGAUAUUGGCCGACCAGGCUAAGGGUAAGAUCAAGGCUAAGGUUCAAGUACAGGCCCAAACUCAAGCUCAAAUCACGGCUACGGCUACGACUACGGCUUCGACACCAGCUCCGGUUGCUGUUACUACUACUGUGACCGUCAAUCUUCCUUCCCUUCCCUGGAGUAUUGACGGGAAAGAUAAGAACCUCUGGGUUAAGGAGAAGACGACUGACGGCCUUCCAACGACUGCAUUUUCGGCUGCUAAUCGUGCCGUGAUGGAGAAAUCGACUAUGAAGCUCGAGCGUUUGAUCCAGUAUGAAGCUCGACUUGAAGAACAGAAGGCUACUGCUCCGGCUACACCUGUCCCUACUACCAUUGAUCCCGAGGACUUGCUUCCUAAGUACUGUCCGCUCAAUCCUGACCUACCUGAAGAAUUCAGGAACAUGACUGUCAACCAAAUCUUCGAGACUUGUUACAAGCGUUUGAUGGCUAGAGAAGAGCCUAAGAUUGAAGAGGGUCCUCAAAAUGGGGCCGAGCAAGCUCCUGAAGAUGACGAUGACAAGCAAUCUGUCGAUUCGAUUGUCAGCUCUGAAGCUUGCAGUGAGGAUCUUCCGUUCAUUUCUUCGGUCAAUGUUUACUCUAUGCGAAAGCGAGAGAUCCAACGUGCUCGCAAGAAGCAAGCUGCCAUGAAUGCAAAGCUUGGAGUUGUUACAUCGUCAUCCUCAGCUACCCCCCCAGAAGAAGAGACUAUUCUUGAUGCGGGGGAGGUCUCCUUCGCAUCAGGGAAUAGUGACCCGGGGCAAGGCGAUGAAACUCCCUUGUUCACCAUCCGUUCCAAGAAGCAACCGAUCAAAAUUGUCGACCCCAAAACGCUUCAACGCCCUGACAAACCUAAGUCUCCUAAAGACCUAGCUAACGACGUGGAAUUUCUGAAGCGAGGAUUGCUUGUGUUGAGUACUGGCGCCGAGCUAACCAGUCAAUCCUAUCAGAUGUUCAAAGAAGUGGGUAUGGAUGCUACCAUUCUCGCGCAGACUUCGGAGUGGUGUAGAUACAUCCAUGAGUUUGUUAGGACGACGGGCGUCACCCUUCAAAACCUUGAUAAUUUGAAGAAGGCUCAGAUGAGGAGCGCUAUCUUCGAGCAGGUUGGACAGUGCAUGGGGCAUAAAAAGAAAAUGGAUAACUCGAUUCUCGGAUGGACAAACUUUGCUAUCUCGAUGUUUCCAGUCGAGGCUUCUUCAGACGGGAAGGAGUCUCCCCCAGAGAACACGGGAGGUGUCAGGCUUGACGAUACAGUUCCGACUCCACAGACGAAGCUACCACCGAAGGUCACGCACAUGCACAACAAGGCCUGCCAGGAUCUGAACCAUGAAUUGCAAAGGUUGACAGAAGACAAUAAGCUCAAGUUCAAAACGUUGCUUAGGAUGCUGAUUGACUCUCUGAGCGAGUGCAAAGACUGGAUCAUCAAGGCUCCCUCUUAUGCAAAAGCGAAGCCUUUGAGGUAUACCGAGCUCAAGCCGCUUGAAGGCUUGCUAGUCCCCUCGAUCGAAGUUGAGGCACCCAGCGAGAUGAAACGAGGAAAACAGAUUGAGGUGGUUGUUAAGCAGGAGAUAUCUGAGCAUGUUCAUGGAAAGGUUACUGUGAUUGAGAAUGCAGGAAAACGCACCGUCGUUCAAGACGUUGAGAUGAAAGAACAUACGGAGCCAGGGCUUUCUACUGAACUCAACCAACAGGCAUUUUAUCAUGCUCAACAGGCUCUUGGUUGGUAUCAACCGGGGUUUGCUAUGCAUGGUUAUGGUCAGCAAGGAAGAACUCGCGGGGAAUAUAUGCAGCACAAUGGAAAUCAGGUCCUUCGUCCACGAUCCGCUGUCAACCAGCAGAUGAACAACGAUGGGUACCAACAGGGCCAACAUCAUGGCAACUACCAACCGGAAGCAACGAAUAGGCAACUGCAUAGGAGCCAACAUAACAUCUCUCGCGGUAGACAAGGCACACGCUCGGGAGUUCAAAGUCGACAACCUUCCACCGUUGGUACUCGCCAAAAUAACUAUGGCAAUGCUCACCAGGUUUCCCAUGGUGGCCCGCAGUUCCCAACUUAUGCUCCAACACCGAAUAAUGAAUAUCUUUACAACCCUGAAGCUGGUGGUUAUCAGGAUAUGAGGUUCCAGUAUAAUCAUAACCAACCCCAAGGUCCUCAUCAACAACCUGUUCUUCAGCAUCCGCAGCCAUGGCGUACUAUUGCAACUAGUGAUGGUCCCUAUUUGGAAACAGGACACCCUCACCAGUUCUCCCAAGCUCCACCUAAUCCUCGUUCCACACCAGAUACCGCGGUUACUUCUGGAGAGUAUAUGCGUCAAGACCGCCCUGUUACUCACGCUGUGCCUCAACCGCUGCAGCGCAGUAUGACGGUCACGCCGCAGAUUAUGCAACACCCUGGUAUCAUCCACAAUCAUCAUGGUGGGGGUGAGCAAUAUGGCGGUGGUCAUGGGAUGACGUUCCCUCAAGGUGGCGGUGGUGGACUUUACUCAGGAUAUGGGCAUACAGGAUGGCAUUCGCAUAAUGGGCACCCGAUGCAGCAGUCUCAACAGCAAGCUGUUCAGGGUCGCUCUGGUAAAGGUGUGAUGUAUCAACAGUAUGGCCAUCAUCAAGGGCAAUAUCGUUGA